AAAAAAAAUGUCUAUGGUAAUAUGGCCAACAAGAACAAGAAUACAAAAGCGAAAUUUUAAAAGCAAAACUUUUCUUUAGUUGCUUUAAAUUUCUUUUCAUAUUGGCAAAAAGGUGGGCGGUGCGUUGUCCUAGGUUUCGGCCGGACUAGCGUAUCGUCCGGACUUUUAAAAUUUAGAUUCUGCAGCGUACCUACACACUUGCAACAUCUCAUUGUCCAGAUAUAAAAUUUACAGGAUGACCCGUGGAAACCAGAGAGACUUAGCUCGUGCAAAAAACCAGAAGAAACAACAGGAAAUGCAAAAAAAGAAGAACGCCAGUGAAAAAACUGGUCUUUCACUGCAAGAGAGGAAACACAGGGAUGCCGAGUUAAUGAGAGAAAAACAGAAGAAAAAAGAAGAGCAGCAAGCGUUACAACCUCAGAAACAACGAGCAUAACUUUCUAAUUUUUAGUUGGUUGUUAUAAAAACUGAUACUGCAGUAUUCCAGCUUUGGUGCUGAAUAAUUUAUUGGACAAGUGAUAUGAAUGCAAAGUUUUGCUAUUUCCAUAGUAUAAUUAGUUAAAACGUCAAAUAAACCUCCCAUAACAUUGAUGUGUUUUCAUUGUUGUUAUGUGUAAGCAAUAAAGUAUGAUCUGAGAUGUUAAUAGUAUGAAUGGUUCUAUAAUUAAUUCUUAGCAUUUAUGAAGUCAUAAUUGACUGAAUAGAUUGUAUGUAUAACUCAAAUACCCAUUUUUUGUACAAUAAAGUAUAAAAUAAUUGAA